GAGGGGUGAUAUCCCAGCAAACAGCUGCUGCAGCUGUGAAGAGAAAAAAGGAGGAAGAUCAGGAGCAGUUGCAGCAGUCUGACCCCCGCAACAGAUUUAUUUGCAUCUGCCAAAGUCAUCUCUUUGGUCUUGGUACCUUUUGUGUAAGUAUUAACACAGUGGGAUGAAACCCCAUUUUGAGAUCAGGAGCACUCCUUCACUCAAAGAACACCAACACAUGAGAGAUCGGUCUUCCAGCUUUAUCGUGAAGACCUACCUCUUUGUGUAUGACCUGAUGCAAUUCUGUGGGCAUUCCUGGAUAUUUACAAAUAUGAUCAUCAGGUACAUGUCGUUUGGAAAAGAUUCAUUGGCCGACACAUUUUACUCCAUAGGUCUUGUGAUGCGCCUUUGUCAGUUGUUGUCUAUACUGGAGAUCCUACACAUCCUCAUUGGCAUUGAUAAAAGCCGUCUCUUCCCCAGGUUUUUGCAGAUCACUGAGAGAAUAAUUGUGUUGUUUGUCGUGAUCAACAGUCAGGAAGAAGUUCAAGGGAAAUACAUUGUGUGUGUUUUAUUUUUCCUUUGGAAUUUAUUAGAUGUGGUCAGGUACACUUACAACAUGUUGGCAAGGAUGGACAUACACUACUUACCACUGACAUGGCUGAACUUCUCACUGUGCAUCCUGCUCUACCCGCUUUCAGUUCUGGCUAAAGCAUUUACGAUCUGUGUAUCACUGCCUUAUUUUGAAUCCUUUGGCACAUACUCCAUCAAGCUGCCAUUUCCAUUUGCCUUCUCAGUCUACUUCCCCUAUGUUCUGAAAAUGUACCUGCUGGUGCUGUUUACAGGUAUGUGCUUUAUCAUCCGGAACCUCUUCUCAGAAAGGAAGGCUCACCUAGAGACAGGCAACUCCAAAAAGAAAAGAAACUAAGCUGAUACUUCGUUUUGAAAUAUGAAAUUUAUUCCUAGAGGGCUACUACGUGUCAUAGGCAGAGAAGAAGAGACAAAGAUUUUCCAUGCAUAACUCCUGUUUGCGUGCACAUUAUCCAGCUGUGUUGAAUCUUCAGAAAAGAAACAUCUCUAGUGCUCCUCAAAAAUGGACCAGCUUGGAAUAACUUGUUACUUUUGAAAGUUUUGACGUCAAAUAUCAGGAUUUUUAAAAAUGAGUAUUUUUCUAAUAAAAGAGGACUCAGGGCUCACUCAGAAAAAAAAAUGUAGAUGAGUGCCUUCACCACAGUUACACUAACAGCCCUUAUUUUGGUGUUAAUUCUUGCCUUAUCAUCAUCAGGUAUUCAGUAACAACACCACCACUUCAUGUAUUGUAUUAAACAAACAUGUAUGUGCC